AUGGAAAAUCUGCAGUCAAUAAUAAACUACGGCAUGGCCGUUCGCAACUUGGUAGAUCACAUAGUCAUGGCGCAGCUCCUGGAUCACCUUAGUAACCCAAUGUUGCUACACGAGUUGGUGGAAAAACUUCCUCCACACCUGAAGAUGCAGUGGGCCUGGUACAAAAGAAACUGGGUGAACGCAAAUUUGGCCACCUUUGGGCAAUUCAUGGCCGAAAUAGCAGAUACAGCAUCGGAAGAUACGCUGCCGGGGGAAACGCAACCUCAAACCCAACAGCGGUACAACAAGACAGGACGAGACAACCAAAAGCUGUAUCUGCACUCCGAGACAGAUGGGGACCAACCAGCAAGCGCCACGACUUCGGACCAGACUAAACCGAUGAUCAACAAACGUACUUGUUGGUAUUGUUCGGAGGAAAAGCACGAUGUCGUAAAAUGUCCUCGAUUCGAGGCCCUGGACUUGGACGGAAGAUGGAAGGCCGUCCGUACAAAGGGGCUGUGCAGGAGUUGCUUAAUUCCUCAUCGGAGGUGGCCUUGCCGCGCGGGUAGAGAAUGUGGCGUCGAUGGGUGCCGCUUGGGACACCAUCCCAUGUUGCAUUCACGUGCAGCAUCUGAAGCUGCCACCAAGGCCAACAACCCAACUGAAAGUUCGAACCGCACAAACCAGAACGUCGUGCAACAAAACCACCAUUCGACUCACAGCUUUUGUCUUUUCCGCUACUUGCCGGUAACAUUAGAGAACAACGGGAAAAAGGUCGAGACGUUUGCCUUUCUGGACGACGGCUGUCAAACAACGCUGAUGGAAGCUUCUCUAGCACAACAACUCGAUAUUGACGGACCGUCGGAAUCGCUGUGGCUAGGAUGGACCGGGAACAUCUCACGCGAAGAAAGGGGAUCGCAGCGCGUAAAGGUCAACAUCUCCGGCAGAGGACAGAAAAGGCAGUACAAAUUAAGCAACGUCCGUACGGUACAAAAACUGCAGCUACAAGCCCAAACGUUCCAGUAUGAGGAGUUCGAGAAGGUUUACCCCCACUUGCGGAAACUGCCCCUGCAAAGCUACACUAAUGCUGAACCAAAAAUCAUCAUCGGCAUCGAACAUGCGCGAUUGUUGACAUCCCUAAAGGUUCGCGAAGGAAAGGCCAACGAGCCGGUGGCGUCGCGAACACGACUGGGCUGGUGCGUGUACGGCAAACAAGCAGAAACUACAUCCGAUGUCGAGCAACUGUGUGUACAUACGGAAACCCAGAUGCAGAACCAGGAACUGCAUGAGUUGAUGAAGAAGUUUUUCGAAGUCGACGAAGCAGCAGUAUCCACACCAAUCGAAUCAGCAGAAGAUGCCAGGGCUAGGCGGAUCUUGGACGAAACGACGCGCAGAGUAGAUGGAGGUUUCGAGACCGGUUUAUUGUGGAAGUUCGACAAUCCAACUUUCCCGAACAGCUACCCGCUGGCCUACCGCCGAAUGCUAUCACUGGAAAAGCGGCUGAGCAAGGACCCGGAGCUGAAAGAACGUGUAGUACAGCUCAUCAAGGACUACGAAACAAAGGGUUAUGCCCAUAAAAUCACCCAAAACGAGCUGGAGACCACGGAUCCAAGCCGCGUCUGGUAUCUACCACUAGGAGUUGUCCGGAAUCCGAAAAAACCGGAAAAGAUUCGCUUAAUCUGGGACGCAGCUGCUCGUGUCAACGGGACUUCAUUCAACGAUAUGCUGCUUAAGGGUCCAGACAUGACGGCUUCGUUGUUCGAUGUGCUGUUGAGGUUCAGGCAGAGACAUGUAGCUGUCUGUGGAGAUAUACGUGAAAUGUUUCACCAGGUUAAGAUCGUGCCCGAGGAUAAACAAUCGCAAAGGUUCUUGUUCCGAGAACAUCCAGACGAGCCACCGCAGAUCUACGUCAUGGAUGUCGCCACCUUCGGUGCAACUUGUUCUCCUUGCACAGCCCAAGCUGUGAAGAACAAAAAUGCUAUGGAAUUCGAAGCCACACACCCCAGGGCAGCCGAAGCAAUACUCAACGCUCACUACGUGGACGAUUUUUUGGACAGCGUAGACACGGUUGAAGACGCGUUGAGGCUGGUUGAAGACGUGAAGUACGUGCACGCACAGGGAGGGUUCGAAAUUCGCAACUUCCUGUCAAAUUCGGCGGAGGUGUUGCAGAAACUAGGGGAAGUGCGAAGCUUGGAAAAGAAGUCGCUCUGUGAGGACGCUUCAUCGUACGUCGAGCGAGUAUUGAUAAUGAUCUGGAAACCAGCACAAGACGUGUUCACAUUCGACACUACGCUGAGAGAAGAUCUCGAACAACUGUUGGAGCAGAACGUCACACCCACUAAGCGGCAAGUGCUGCGCCUGGUUAUGUCACUGUUCGACCCCUGCGGCUUUAUUGCCCACUUCAUCGUACACGGGAAAAUCCUCAUGCAGCAUAUCUGGAGAACCGGUACCGAUUGGGAUGAAAAGAUUGCACCCGAGCUACACAACAUGUGGAGAGACUGGACGGGUUUGUUGAAACGCCUAGGAGAAGUGGAAAUUCCACGUUGUUUCUUUGGGGAAGCUGAUAGCCAACUUCCUGCAAGUAUCCAACUUCAUCUCUUCGUCGACGCAAGCGAAUUGGCUUACUCGUGCGCAGCCUAUCUACGAAUUGUCCAAGCUGGAGUCAUUCGCUGCGUUUUGGUAGCUGCGAAAACGAAGGUCGCCCCGCUGAAGCCGCUGUCGAUCCCUCGUUUAGAACUUCAAGCCGGAGUGAUAGGGUGUCGUCUGCUGGAGGCAAUCGGUGGAGCGCUGGACCUGCCGAUCGAAAGUCGUCACAUCUGGACGGAUUCAACGACCGUGCUGGCAUGGAUUACGUCGGACAGCCGUCGUUAUCACCCCUACGUGGCAUGUAGAGUGGGUGAAAUCCUUAACUGUAGCAACGUCGAUGAAUGGCAUUACGUACCGUCUAAGCUGAACGUCGCUGACAUCGCGACGAAGUGGGGUAGUAGCUGUAUUUUAGCUUAG